CAAGCUCAGCUGAAGGAAUCCAAAUCAUCCUUGCUAAAUUUGAAACUACUUUCGGAUCUACAAAGAGAAUGGCGAAACAAGACGAGGUGAAGCUGAUCGGCGUCUGGGCGAGCGCCUACGUGACGAGGGCAAUGAUUGCUCUCAAUCUGAAGGGGGUCGAAUACGAGUACCUCGCAGAUGAUUUGUUUAACAAAAGCGAGCUUCUUCUCAAGUCCAAUCCGGUCUACAAGACGGUCCCCGUUCUCAUCCAUGGAGAUAAGCCCGUCUGCGAGUCCCUUAUUAUUGUGGAGUACAUCGACCAAGUUUGGGCUUCUUCCGGCCCUUCCAUCCUCCCCGCCGAUCCCUACGAUCGCGCCAUCGCUCGCUUCUGGGCUGCCUAUGUUGACAGCAAGAUAGCUCCUCAUAAUCGAGUGUUGGUCCGGAGUAACGAAGAGGAGAGCAUAGCAGAAGCGAAGGAGCAACUGUUAGCCGCACUGCUGCAGUUAGAAGAGGCUUUUGUUAAGUGCAGUAAGGGGAAGAGCUUCUUCGGCGGGGAUACCAUCAACUUGGUCGACAUUACCCUCGGUUCCUUCCUUAGUUGGCUGCAAGCUUUCGAAAUUAUAACGGGAACAAAUUUUCUGGAUGAGACGAAGACUCCACGAUUGGUUGAGUGGGCGGAAUGCUUCCGUUCCGUCGACGCCGCCAAGGAGGCGCUGCCGGAACCUGAAAAGCUUGUGGAGUUCAGGAAAUUUGCUCAGGCCGCUCGUCGUGUUACUGUGGCUGACGCUGCCGCCAAAUGAUGAUUUGCAUUUGAUGGUUGGAUAAUUGAAAGCAAGAUUUCUGUGGUAUUUAUUUGAGUGUAGUAGGAGUGAGUCUCAUGUUGAUUGGAAUGCGAAGGCGUGACCGUGUUGGGAGGAAAGCAAUAAGACAACAAAAGAUCGUUGAUCGACUGUCUUAUUUUUUCAUCGUUUUUUUUAUAUGAAAUGGGUGUUAUUUGA